AUGUUAGUGGAACCUUCCUUCCUGUGGCUUUCCCUGUGCGUCCUCCCCUUCACCCUCCUUGCUCUGGUGCUGCUUGCUCUGGGGGCCAAGUUUCGUGAAGGCUCGGCCCCUCACCUCGCCAUCACUCUCAUCGGCGACGGCCUCUUGAUUCCCGUCGGGAUCGCUUCAUCAUUGCUGUUGCGCAGGGGAUCAGAGGUCCUUUCUGUCCUCUUCAUCUCAACUUUGUUCGCGCAAAGAGUCAACCAGAUUAUCAAGAAAGCAUUCGCUAGGCCACGUCCUCCAAUCGAAUGGCCGGACAGUUUCCAAGGGAGAGGGCAAUGGCUCAACGUGAGGGCGUGGACUGUGCAUGAGGGAAGACAGAACAAGGGCUGCCUGCCGCAGGACCUCGAAUCCUUCCCAUCCGGCGACAGCGCACAAGGAGGAGCUCUCCUAUCUGCCCUGAUGAUCCUCGCCCCGCCUCCCUGCAAGAGUCUCCUCCUCCUAGCCAUGCUGGCGGUGGCGCUGGGCAGAACGUACUUUGGGUGCCACUGGCUCCUCGACUCCAUCAGCGGGCUGGUGCAGGGGAUGCUCUGUUCUUCUGUCCUCCGCCUGUGCGGAUUGCUGCAAGGAGAUGGGAGAAUCCUGUUCAAUUUCGUAGGAGGAGCAAUCUGUUACGUUCUCAGUGGAAUAGGCCAGCGAAGGUUGCUGAUGAAGAAAGAGAGAGAGAAAGAGUCAUGA